AUGUCACAUCCCUACUGGCGGCCAAUUAUGAAUAGCAAUUAUUCACGGACACUCACAUUUUUAAUAGUUCCUAACAUUUCGUCAUUCAUACCCGAGCAGCUGAUCAAUCGAUCAAAAAUCAAAAUACCAAGGAACACUAAACUAGCCGACCCAACUUUCCAUCGACCUGCGCCAAUCGAGAUGCUUCUAGGUGCCGGGACAGCGAUCUCUGUAUUCUGCCUCGGACAGAUUAACCUGUCUCCUCCCAACGGUCCAGACCUCUAUUAUUUUUUCGGAUGGGUCAUCGGGGGGAGUGUACCGACCAUCAGUGCGACUCACGCAACCAUGUGCCACUCCAUAACCGCUCUACAAACCGACUUUAUUCGCUUCUGGGAAAUCGAGGAAGAGUCGCAGAUACAUAGACUAUCCGACGUGGCGUGUGAAGAACACCGUCACACCCAUACGAUACGCAAUUUCGAAGGAAGGCUGCUUUCCUUCGAAAUAAAGCUACAAAAAGAUCCUGACUUAAAACAGCAAUCUCAUGCUGUCUUGCAGGAAUACUUAGAUCUCGGACAUUUAUCCGAAACCAAACCACAACCAUCAAAACAGGAAUGUAAUAAAAAGUUCCAUUUACCCAACCAAAUUAAGGGCCGUUUUCGAUAA